ACCGUUUCUGGUUUCUCAUCACCGAGACAAUAACAAAUACGACCAACAAACAAAAACAAUUUCUUUUGCUGUUCCUAUUUUCUGAAUAAUAAUCACUAUGUCGAUAAUUCCAAGAGUCUUUGGUACAGGACGAAGAACCAACGUAUUCGAUCCAUUUUCUCUAGACUUAUGGGAUCCAUUCCACAACUUCCCACUCGCAACAUCCGCCACUGGAACCACCAACGAGACGGCAGCUUUCGCUAACGCACAUAUUGAUUGGAAGGAAACACCGGAGGCUCACGUGUUCAAGGCUGAUCUACCGGGAGUGAAGAAGGAAGAAGUGAAGGUUGAAAUAGAAGAAGAUCGUGUGCUCAAGAUAAGCGGAGAGAGGAAAAUUGAAAAGGAAGACAAGAACGACACUUGGCAUCGUGUUGAGCGUAGUCAGGGGAGUUUCCUCCGCCGUUUCAGGUUGCCGGAAAAUGCGAAGGUGGAUCAUGUGAAGGCUGCUAUGGAGAAUGGUGUGCUUACUGUUACUGUUCCUAAAGAGGAAGUUAAGAAGCCUGAAGCUAAGCCCAUUCAGAUUACGGGCUGAGUCCUUAUCCUAACUAUUCCCGUUCCUUUUGAUGUUUGUGUGUGUCUCUAAAUAAAAUAUUAAAAUAAAAUAAUUAAUAAUAAUGGUGUUCCUUUUGAUGUUUGUGUGUGUCUCUAAAUAAAAUGUUAAAAUAAAAUAAUUAAUAAUAAUGGUGUUAGUAGUGUUCCAGCUUUAGGAGAUUGGGACAUGUAUGUAUGUUCUUGGCUAUUACAAUAAUGUAGCAGUUUGUGAGUGUUAUGUUCUCUUAUCUUUAGUGUGUAUGCAAAGAGCUUUUCUUGAAUAUAUGAAAGUUUCUUCUGAUUAAGCUGUA